AUGUGAUUGGGAUGUGUAGAUUGUCACUAAGUCCUUGUUAAAAUCAGCCCUGGACAGUAGGAAUGGAGGAACCGGUUGACUGGACACUGAAAGAAGAUUCUUCUUGAUUGCUGUAGUGCUCUUGAACAAGAGACCAAUGGAAGCUCAUCAGAGAGUAAGGCAAAAUAUACCUGCAAUUAGCUGGCCCACCAAAAUGGUGGGCAAAGACAUUGUUGUGUGAAUGAUUGUUUACAGUUUUGAUGGUGGUUUGCCAGCCUGAAAUCUUCCACGUUCUUUGAUUGAUGUUGGGGGGUGGAUAAAAGGGGAAGAACGUAUCUUCCUCUACCUUGUUUUGUUUAAGUCAAGAAUCUUCCAUCUUGGCUGAAAAGUGAAACCCUCAAAAGGAAUAGCUUGUUGCAAAGGACUUUUUAUAUUGGAGCACAUUUCAAGUCACCAGAGAGGGCUGCUAAGAGUAUGAGAAGAAUCUGAAAUACUUCACUGAACUGCGAAGUAGAGAUUUCUAAGCUAGUCACUGGUCUGAAAAAGAAACCAUAGGUAACUAUGCCUUCCAAUUACUUCAGCAAACCAGUGGAAAGAAAAGGUGAGGAGAGACUUGAAUGAUCAACUAACUUCCAAAAUGACUGAAUGGUUCAAAAGAAAGCAAUCAGCCUGCUGCAUGAAUCUGCUUUACUCAAUGAAUCCAAGCUUCUUCAUUAAACUGCUGGUCCUCCUCCUAUUAUAUAAACAUGUUGAUUCCCAAUGCAAGAUUUCACGGUGUAAUUCUGAAUUUAUAGAUGCCACAGCAAACAGGCAUAACUCUAAAAGGAACACUGCCUAUUGUAAUGCCUUGAGCGCCUAUUCCAGCUGCACCCGGAGGACAGCCCGCACUUGUCGCGGGGACUUGGCAUACCACACAGCUGUUUAUGUCAUUGAAGACCUCAUAAUUCAGAACAACUGUUCCAAGGAAGGGCCGACAGCAGUGCCCAGACCUCCAGCACUGGCACCCAACAAACAUGAUUUCCCAUCCACAGACACCUGUGACUAUGAGAAGAGUUUUAUCCACAAACAUGGCCAGUCCCCCACAUACCAGUAUUGUGCUGUCUUUGGGGAUCCUCAUGUCCGGACCGUCAGUGAUGAGUUCUACACUUGCCGAGUUGAAGGCUCCUGGCCACUUCUGGACAACAAUAAUCUGUUUGUGCAAGCCACUAGUUAUCCUAUCAUUAAAGGAUCAAAUGUCACUGGAAUUGGCAAGCUUACCAUUAUAUUUAAAAACAUGAAAGAGUGCAUUGAAGAGAAAGUCUACCAGGCAGAAAUGGACAACCUGCCAGUAGCAUUUGCAGAUGGUUCAGUGAAUGGUGGUGAGAAACCUGGAGGGAAUAGCUUAACCAUUCAUGAACAUAUACCCGGACAGCACAUAACAAUCCAAGCAACAUACAUUGGUACCACCAUUGCUGUGCGCCAGGUAGGGAAGCACCUGUCCUUCUCCAUCCGGAUAGCUAAGGAGAUAGCAUUCUCCUUCCGAGAUGAACAGGAUCUCCAGCUGUGUAUGUCAGGAUGCUAUCUCAGCCAACGCAUCUCUAUACAUAACUGCUGUCACCCAAAAGGCAGCCUGACCAGAAAGAAAGCUCAUCUGCUAUGUAAGGAGAAGCUACCAGUUGAAGACGUCUACUUCCAGUCAUGUGUCUUUGAUGUGAUGACUUCAGGAGAUGUUAAUUUUACUCAAGCAGCACAGAAGGCAUUGGAAGAUGCCAGAGCACUCCAUCCAGAUUCCAAGAAAAUCCAUAUUUUCCACAGUGAUAGGAAUUCUCAUCCUUGCAGUUCAUCCUUCCUUCUCUUAAUCAUCACAGUACUACAACUGUAUAUUUGAGCAUUUCAGUGGUGACUAGAAAGUCCAGGGGAUCAGCAAAUAUGGUUUAUUUCCUCAAGCGGUAAUACAUGAGCUACCUCAGCCUGUUUUAAAACUAGAGUUAGGUGUCCCAUCCAAGUUUUUAUGUGUAAAUCUCAUUCUUAAAAGACCUGGAACAUUCUGGGAACUUAUGAAUAUUUCUCUAUCCUAUGGUGAAUGGGAUUUGUAUUCCUAAUACUUCUUAGUGCAAUUAAUCAAGAGGACCUUGCACUAUAAUUCCCACAUAGCCUAGUGAUAAUUAUCAACUGGAACUUUUUCCCUCAAUUUGACGACAUUCUUAGUUAAGAUCCUUAAUUACUAAUGACAAUCAGGCGAAGGAAAUACUUUGGAAUUAAUUUGGGCAUUCAGUUGCUUUAAGUUUUUUUUUUUUUUUUAAGAUUUAUUGGAAACCUAAGAGAGAUGAAAACUAAUGGUAAAUGUUCUUUGGCACCUUAAAAUAUCUGGACAGUACACAGAAUGUAGUAAGCCAUUUUUUCUUCUUCUCAGCAUUCUGUUUGCUCACUAUCUUUUCUGGUUUAUUUAAUCUCUUCUGAAAACUGGAAAUUCACAGCUAUCUACAGAAAUAACACUGAAACUGCACUGCCUCUUUCAUUAAGUUUUAGUUUGCAAAGUCAGUGUUUCUAGAAAACAACGUUGCUCUAAGUGUCUAUAAUGAUUUGUUUAUAACAGAGAGAAAAAUGGGAACUCCUCAAAAAAAUGUAAGGGCUACUCAGAUCCAAUCACUAUAAAUGCCUGAACUAUAAAUGUAGUCAGAAGAACACAUUUUCUUUCUUUUUUUUUUACCCAAUACUUAUUUUUCUUCUUCCAGACAAACUGCAGUUGUUUUCUUCACAUUGACAGUUCAGAAUCUAUGGAGCCAGAUUUGAACAGAAGUUCCCAAUAUAUUCUUGAAUUAGGUUGGCUCCGUUAUUAAAGUCAGGGACAAGAUAGCACUUUAAGAGUAUUGGAUGUGGAUUGAAAUGGGGUUUGCAGUGGCAAUGCAGGUUUUUGCAAUGUCACAACUCCUUUGCGCUAGCAUUCACUCUCACACACACAGACGCACGUGCACACAGAAGCUAAAGUAAAGGCAAUGUAUAUAAAAUUUGUAUUGGUUUCCAUUUCAGUGUUCUGGUGCCUUAUCUGAAUAACUUAAAUCAAGAAUGUAUUUUAUGGAUUAUAGUUUUGGAUGCAAUAAAGUUAUAUGUUUUAUUCUUCA